CGCGCCGCACAUUCACCGGCACUCGUCACUUCACGGAGCAGAACAGUUCACAGUCCGCCGGUCACAGUCGUCGCGUACACACCACAAUCGUCUCAAACACGACGUACCGCAAUCGCACGCGACCGCGUGUUCUAUCCAAGACUGUCCGCAGAAGCAACAGACUUCAUCCGCAAAGUCAUAAAUCCCCAAUGUACACGCGGACGACGAUGCGCGUGAAUUUAACGUAAUCGGCCCUCCGCGAUAAACGGUCUGCUGCAGGAGGUGUACGCGACGAUAAUAUUUCCCGCGCGGACGAUGAACAUUGCAAUAGUUUGACAAUUCAACACUACGAUAUCCACCGCGGAACCGCUUACACGACGAUUAUCAUAACCGCGGUAUACCCGAAAACCCGUUCCCUAUAGAACAAGGUAAACCGAUUAUUGUUAUUAUUAAUCCCGGGUUAUUUUGGUAUACGGUAUUAUAUUAGCUAAUGCGUGUCUGUGUUAUCGCAUCGCAACCCUCCGAUUGACCUCACCCGAUAGUCCAAUAAUAGACGUCCAGCACGCGGUGUACGAUAGUUUAAAAUACGCACGUUUUUUAAACGUCAAUAACCAAUUUAAAACGAAAACUGUUUCCGUUUCAAACAUUUAGCGACCGGACGAUUUCUUUAAACGAGUGUAUAGCGUCUUCAUCCCGUAUUCUGGGGGUCAGCUACCCUUGUUCUCACAAUCUGACCUUCCACAUGUCCACAUACUAUUAUUAUUGUUAUUAGUAUCCAUCUCUAUUUUUUCAUCUAUCCCAUACACUCGGCUCUAUCCUAAUAACUUUUAAUUAGUUUUUAUUUUUAUCAGCUAUACCUCUUCCCGGGCAACCAUCUAUACUCAUAGCUAUCGCCAGUGGCGUCGAGUCGUUAGAUUUUAAGUGGUCUGAUUAAUAGCUAUAGUAAUCAUUAUCAUCGCGUAUUUAUUUAGUUAUAAACAGGACAGUGGCGGGGGGGGAGGUUCGCCCCCGUGCCCCCGAAAUGCUUAUUUAUGUGUAUCAAAAAUCAAAAUGCGAGAGAAUUGUGAAUAAUCUUAAUUCUUAGUACAGACGGAUUACCAUGUAAUACAAUGCAUUGCGCAAGCGCUCUCAAGGGGAUUGGGUGUAAUUUCUGCGUAUUAGGUGUCACAGGGAAGUUUUUAGAUACUUUAAAAAAAGAGUGGGUGGGUGUAUAAUUUUGUUACUGGCUACACUACAUCCAUAUUUCACAUCUAAUAUUUUAACACUAAUUUCUGCCAUACUUCCAUUUGUAUUGCAUACUCUUUUUUUUGUAUCUCUUUCAUUAUCUCUUGCUUUAUCUAGUUUUAUUUUUAUUCAACGCCCGACAAUGCAAACGUGUAAUAACAUCAUCGCUGAAAGCUUCGCGACAGUUUCAAAUCCCUUAUUAAAUAUAUUGUAGGUAAUGAGACACUCUUGAAGUUACAAAUCGUUUAGGUACUGCAAAUACUUGUACGAGUUGCUCGUUGUUUACAUUCUAAUGGCGGCGGCGGGGUACUCUUGUCAUCUGAUAAAUAUAGAUACCUAUUUAUUUACAUGACAGAUAUCGAUCGUAUCUAUAAUAUUUUCGGACACGAUCUCUUAAUAGGUGUGGCCACCCCGGAAACCGGCGGUGACCGUCGAAACAAUAUUUAUAGUCGGGAGUCCUCUGCGUUUUUGUUGGUUUUUUUUUUACGUGUACCGUCGCGUCGUCUACCGAUACAAGUAUUUCGAUUAGGUAAGUAUUUUUUUUUCCUCGUAAUUUCACGGAUCGUAUAUAUAACGAUAGCACGUGUACGAUAAUAUAAUUCACAAAACAAAACAACAAAACAAAAAUACCAACACGAAAAUACUAAACAAUAUUAUGUAGACGGCCGAGUCGCAUUGCUUUCUAUAUAGGCACGCGUGGUAUACACAUUAGGUACUCGUACAAUAUUAUGUAUCACGGUUUGAUGUAUACGAAAAUGACCGUAUUUCGAAGGAAGUUCCAUAUGUAAAACGUCGGUUUCGCUCGGUAAUCAUUACGUCGUGUGCACAUCGUAAUAAUAUAAAGCUAUUGCAUUGUAAAACGUUGAGUGCUGUUGUUUUAUUUUUCCUUUUUAGCGGAAGUAUUUAAUAUAAAGUUUCACUUUUAUAGGAACUUUAGUCUUUACGCUGUUUCUUUGAUAUUUGUAUUAAGUUUGAAAUUAUCUUUGUGGCCAGGCGUUUCCUAUCCUUAAGUAGGUGCUUAUUAUAUACCGACACGCGCUUCGUUUUAUUUUUACUAUUCGUAUAUAAUCACAUUAUUCAUAUUGAUUAAAAAGAAAAAAAAGAAACCGAACACAAUCGACAAUCGCCAAUAAUUAUUAUCUUUUACGAAAUUCGACGGGUUCUACAAAAAUGUUUCCGUGACGUACACCGCGUUUUUGUAAUGCUUUUUAAAUAAUCAUGACCACGACUUCUAUACAUUAUAAUAAUAAUGUUAUAAUGAAUGGAAAUUCGAUCGAAAUGUGUCAGCUGAGGCUGAAAACACGUCACCUGUCAAAAACUGCGCGAAAUAUCAUUCUCACGUUACUUGAACUUUUUUUUUUUUGUAAACCACAUCUAAUCGGUGAGUGUAUAUAAUAGUUGUUGUAAACAGAAGUAUGUAUUAUCGUACCGGAUACUUAGUCCAUUAGGUUUCUAUGAAUACAAUUCGAAAUGAAUAAUAUAUGUACUCCAUCACCUGCGCCGUUUGCCGAUGUAUACCUGUACCCUGCAGUGUAAACCCGCGUUGAAGUUUUAUCGAAAUUCACGGGGGGUUUUUCGGAAUAUUAUAAACUGUAUAUUUUUCUCGUUAUAUAUAUUGAAAAUUAUAUAUCGAAUAUUUAUAUGUAUUCUCUAAGUACAAGUACAAUUGUUUUGUAAAUUAUCAUCCCGGCGUUUCUAAACGUUUUAAAAAUAUUAAAAGUUUUCAAAAAAAUUACCAAAUUUAUAGAUAUAACAUUAAAAUGGCGUGUAGAUAGUUUUUAUUAUUUUUAUCAGUUACAACCGAACUGAUAUAUGAUCAUAUUUAAAUAUUCCUCGAAUAUUAAAUGAAAGUAUAAUAUAUGUAGGCGUUUAUUUUCAGAUUCCUCACAUUAUAAAACAAAUAAAAAGGUUAUUCGUUUAUGUAACCUUCGAGUUGAAACCGGUUAAAUGUGAUCGAUUAAUGUUGUACGAACACUGAUUAAUUGAACAGGAGCGUAAUAGUAUUUUAAAGGGGAAAAUAGCUAAGAGAAUAGAAUAUAAAAAUAUUUCCAUGCUCUUUUAAAUUCCAUACACAACCAAACAGAAAGGGAAACCAUUGUAUAGUGAUAAUUAAAUAAUAAAUAUGUUUUUUGUUUUGUCUACAUUAUAAAUUUUUUUUGGGCGUAUUCCAAAAGUCUUAUCAACACAUUUCGUUAUUGUAAUAAUUUAUAAUAAGAUAGUCCCCUUAAGCCAUUCCCAAGAGAUUUUAAUUAUUCACUGAACUCUUUUCUAGAAUACAAUUACGAUGAAUUUAUAAUUUGUUGAAAAUAAGUUUUUUCGAUAUUUUGUUUUAUUAUAAAAUGCAAAAACUUGAAAAUUGCAUUCAGAAUCAAACGGUAUUUUUGAUUAUUUAUUCUAAAUCAUCGUUCCAUAAAUAGUAAUAAUAGUAGUGUAAGAAAAUUAGUGUUUUACGUGGUAAACAAAAUAAACUCGAGAGUUUCGAUACAAGUGUAGCGAGAAAUUUAUUGGUUUUACUAUGAUUUUUUUCUAUGCUUGUUAACUUUUACCAAAAAUCUUACUUCAAUUAAAAAAUUAAAAAUAAUUGUAGUGACCAGAAAUUUUCACCGAGUACUUAUAAUAUUACUCCUUUCUAAACGUGGUACAAUUUUCAAAACAUUGUGGUGGUUUUUAAUCAUUAUUUUUUCCUUUUUUUAGUUUUUAAUUGGUUUUUUAUGUUAAAUUUUUUAUUUUGGCAAAUAAAAAAUGUUUGAAAAUUUGAUACGACGUUUUAGCCGUUAUUGUUCUGAUGAUAAAAUAAAAAUAUCGCAAAUCCUUGUAGUUGCAAUUUUUUAAAAAUAAACUUAAAGUUUAAAUAUUGAUAAAAAUGACAGCAUUUCGGAUAUAUAUUAUUCGAUUAAUUCGUCAUUUCAAACUGUUAGGUUAGGCUAAUAAUAAGUCGGAAUGGCCCAUUGGAACGGGGGAAGUUAUCUUCAUUGAUUCGCAUUGUUAGAAUAUUAUAAAAAAAAAAAAAACAUAUAUAGGGGGAUAUGUAUGUUUUACACGACAAACUGUGUGUAUAAUUACGUCACUGCACUCGUAAUAAUUUUUAUAAAAAAAAAACCUCAACUAUUAGUGUUAUUAUUAUAAUAUCAACUAGGUAAUUAUACAAACUGUUACAUUAUUUAUAUAAAACUAUUUAUAAAUGUCAUUAUAUAAUAAUAAUUACAUAGAGCACGUGUAACGAUUUAUUUUUGAAAUCUAUGGAUAAUUCAUGCAUAUAAUAAAAAAAAAAAUACUCGUACCUAUAUAGCUGUGUGCCAAGUACCUACGUUAUGAAUUAUUCAUAAUAAUAUCUAGGUAUUCGCGAACAAUUAAAUAAAAACAUGUUUAACACCGCGUUGAUUUAUUUUACGGUCGUAAAUACGUUUUUCACACAUUCCAAGUGAACGAUGAGAAUGUUUUUUACUUAUCUUCUCAAUCGUCGAUACAAUUUUGAGAAAAAAAUCCGGGAAUAACUCGAUUUCCAUGAAAUCGAAAACCAUUUUUCCUCUCGGAUGGGUAUAGUAUUAAUAACGCUACAUAUUUUAUAACCGACUAUAGUUUGUUAUCAGUCAAUUCACCAUAUCAAUAUGUUUUAAUUUAAUUUUUAAACUUUAUCUAUAGUAAAUCAUUAUAUUAACUAUUAAGAGGACGCCAUGACCGCAUGGUGCAACUGUCUUACAAACACACGAUACACCAAAUGUUUGUUCUGUUUCUUUCUGUACUGUUAGUUGUAAUAUUAAAGUAAAUAGACCUGUAAACAAACUUAAAGAUAAGAACAUUAGCCGUGCAAUUGUGUCGGAUUUUUUUUCGAUAUUUUAAUUUUUAAAUGAGUCAUGAAUAUAUUAAAUAUUACAAUUUAAAAAUGCUAUUAUCUCGCUUAAAAAUUAGAAUAUUAAAAAAAAAAACAACGCAGUUGCAUAGAUAGUGUUCUUACUUUUAUAUUUAAUAAUAAUAUAAAACAAUUCACUCUAAUGUAAAACUAACAGCACAUAGUUGCCUCUGCUUAACACAAAUUUGCUAUGUCAAGAGUUUGUAUAACGGAGAUCGCACAUGCGGGUGAGGUAUCCUCCUAAGACGCAUUGUUACAUAAUUAAAAAAAAAAUUCAGACAUUACGUUCAAAUGCGCGCGAUUUAAAAUUUUAAUACGAGUACCUAUAUAGUUAAAAUUCCAACAAAAAUAUUACCCGUGCCAAAAAUUUUAGUUUUUUUAUUUUUAAACUUUCUAUAAAGAAAUAAUAAUAAUAUUAAUUAUUAUGUGUAUUAUAGCAUUUUACUUUCAUUUCGUAAUUAAUACUAUAGUAAUAAUUUUUUACAACACGAGAUAUUCAAUAUAUUAUCAUAGAUAAUAUUAUUACAUUAGGUUAGUGUCUACACAAAUAUUAUUAAUAAUUAAAUGCACUGUUUUUUUUUUUUUUUUUUUUGAGUAAAAUGAAGUAAGUUGAUUGAAUACAGUUGAUGUAUAAUGCAUUAUAUUUUCAUUUAAAUACAUGUGUUUCCCUAUUGAAUCGUAUCAUAUAUUUACAUAAUGUGAUUAGCCAAAAGGUAAAACCCUAAAUUUUAAAACGCCCCAGUAUUUAUUACUUCUUAAAAAACUAAGUAAUAACCUAUUGAAAUAAUAAUAAAAAAAAAAAAGUCGAUCCGUUUAAUUGAGAAUGUGUAGGAUCACAGAUUUGGUCCGAUUCCACAUAUCAAUUUUUUUGUUAUACCAUUAAUAAUUUAUCAAAGCAAAUCUAGAUGAUCGCAUUAUAAAAUAAACAAAAGAAAAAGGAUAUAGCAGAUAUAGGAAAUACAUUUUCUAAAAUUAUGACGCAAACGAGUAUAUGUACGAAGUACUCAUAGAAACAGGGAUAUUUUAAAUAUUUUAAAAAAUAUAUACAUUUUAUUUAUUUAACUAGUAAAAAAAAAAACUUCGUUUUGUGUAUUCGUCGAAUUUUCAUAUUUUUUAAAAACGUCAUUCGGUAUAAAAUAAAAAUAAUAAAAAGAAUCUGUAUAAAAUACUAUUAAAAAUGAGUAAUUGGUUUUUAAUAUCCGGUGACGGGAGUAAAUUUUCAGAAAAUCAAUACUCGGGUUACGCGACAUGCCCUCUAAAACUAACGCUGCAGGUUAUAUAUUUAAACAUUUUUGGCAAGCUAAAAGGUUUUUAUGCGCCGCGAUAACAACAUUAAGACAUUGAUUAAUGCCGAACGUUUGUUAUAUUAAACAGUUAUUAAUUAUUAAUUACAAGUGAACAGGAACGGUGUAAUUAAUUUUCUGGCGAUUUUGUUUGUUUUUGUUUAGAUAAUAAUAUACGUUCAUCAGUAUUAUGGCGGUUUUUCAAUGGAUAACAACCUUAACGGUUUUCCAACUGCUGACGACCGGCUUUUGCCUGGAAAACGGUUUAGCCAGGACACCGCCGAUGGGAUGGUUGGCGUGGGAGAGAUUCCGAUGCAAUACGGAUUGCAAAAACGAUCCGGACAAUUGUAUAAGGUAAUUGUUUUUACAUAUUGUAUUUUAUUAAACGCGCGUCUACAGAGAAAUACUUUUUACGUUUAAUAGAAUCCAAUUAUGGGUGUUUUCGUGCCAAUAACAAUAUUUUGUCAACUUAUGAAACUUUCAUUUUCAUGCGGCGUAGAGAAUUUUUUCGCAAAAUAGCAUAGAAUACUUUAGAUUUCUUUCCGGAAAUUCGUUGGAAUUAUUAUGUAAAGCAAACUGUUCGCGACGAUUAGAAGAGGCCACUUAAGUCAUCAGAUUCCGAAAUCGUUGCGGCGGCCCGAAAAUAAAUUAAGUGUCGAACAUCACGAUACGAUGGGCAUUCCCCACGCGAUCGUUAUUAUUUGUCAACCGCGCUCGCGCCACCGAUAUAAUCGUUAUAGCUUUUUACUGAAAGAAAGAAGAAGAAAAAAAAAAAAAUCCUCUUUCUCUUAUAAUACGCCUACGUUUUCAAUCGCGAUCAUUAUUGUCGAUACAGAUGACGCUUUCCAAACGGAAGUUUCUCAUUAUACAGGUAGGUAGCGACAACCUGCUAUCCGUCAUCGCCCGUACACUUUUUCUGAAUCUGUAUACGCGUAUUGCGGUGCGGCCGGCGAUCUUUGAUCGGGUACAGUGUUAUCGCGGAGAGGCGAACCGCAAAAUUAGAAAAAAAAAAAAAAAAAAAAAAAACCCGAAGAAAAGAGACGCCGCCGCGUUCCCGGGUUUACGUCAAAACAAUAACGCCGACCGCAGCAGAAAAUGUCGCGAGAUUUCACGUACGUACCCGCAGGCCGUUGAUUGGGAGACAGUGGAAAACCGCGAGUACACCUACAACACGCGUUAUACAACAAUGCGCCGCGACCUCGCCACCGCGGGCUAUGCGUUCGCUGUAACACGCAUAUAGUUGACGAUCGGACACAACAACAACGACAAUAAUAACAACAUAAUACCGUAUAAUGUCAAGGGCGACGCAGGGCAUUUAGUUUUUUUUUUUUUUUUUUUUACAUCCGAUUCGUCGCUGCGAGGAUGAGCGAGAUACGAUAAUUACCCGUAUAUCAGCCGCAGCGGUAUCGGGCGCAAGAGCGGAUUAAGCGUAUUAUGAUAUUAUUAUUUUCGGAACAAUGCGUCGCGCGUUCGUCCUGGGCCGUAUACCUAAAUAAUAACGUACGCGUACGGGCGAAUUCGUCCUCGGGAAAUCGCGGUAAAUAACGAUUGUGUGUACAAAGACAAUUUGAAUAAACGGGCGAAUUACGGUGUCAAAAGUAUAGUCGUAGUUUUUUUUUAAUUUUUUUUACUGCAUAUCCCCGUUCGCGUGCGUGGCUAGAAAGUAGUUUGUAAAUAACAAUGCCUUGAAACUAUACUCGCUUCUACAAUAAUAUAUUGUCUCUCGCGUACGUUUUAUAUAAUAUUGCGCAUUUGCGCGAAUAUAGCUAUUAUAUUUAUAUACUAUUAUAGAAGAUGUCAUAUUGUUUUUAUUUUUUCUUUUCGCCGUCAUAAUAAUUAGCCUAGAUUUUGUCAUCGUUAUUUUUUUUUUUUUUUUACUUUGCUACCCGCCUACCGAAUUUGUCGAGGUGUGCAAAUCAUCGUGUAACGAUUAUUACGGAGGAAACAAUCACGCGCGAUCCGCUUAAGCGCAGCGGUAUACGCAGUCUUCGCGGUUAUGCAACGGCCACCAUCGCGUUGUGUAGCACCGAUAAAAAAAAAAAAAAAAAAAAAUUGAAUCAAUCGUUCUGUGCAGCCGGGUCGAUACGGCCCAGAUAACUGGUAUUUAUCCCUCCCGGUAUUAUAACUUUAAUCGUUAUUGUUGUUUAUCUCGUAUAUUAUUAUUAUAUACGUAAUAAAUAAUAAUACACAUAAUAAUAUCGUCCGGUUCGUUGACGUCACGAUUUUUCGUCGGUUAGAAAAAAAAAAAAGAAAAGAGAUCACGACAAAAACAAGCGUGGGUAAUAUUAUUAUUGUGUAUACAUUGUGCCGCGUUCUUUGCUACAGAGUUGAGCCCCUUUAAACCGUUCCGUUUAUGGGUAAACGCGGCCGUUGUAUAUUAUACACGUAAUUCGGUAAAUUAUAGCGAAAAGUGAAAUUAUUAUUAUUGUCAGCCGUCACUCACUACGUACCUAUAUUAUUAUAAUGUGUAGGUAGGAAUGAAUAAUUUCGGAAAAUUAUGAAAAAACAUUCCGAAACGUCUUAUUAUUUAUCUGUCAUGCAGUAGACAUCACGCAUCGUUAUAUUAUUGACCAACGACGACAAUGAUGAUGAUGGUGGCGGUGUUGUAAACCCGAGGAAUGAAUAAAUUAUAAAUAAAAAAAAAAAAAAAAUCGAUCACAUCGGUCGGUCACGUUUUUUUGACAAUCGAUUCAAACUAUAUAAUAUAAUAAUAAUAUAUGCAUAUAGGUACCCACGAUAAAUAGUGUACGAGUAAUGGGUACAUUGUUAGCGGAAUCCUUACAGAUUCGGAACAUUUUUUUUUGCUCCGGAAUUCUGCCGCACGUUCAGGUGUUCGCGUGUUCCGGUAUAACGAUCAUUUCGGACGGGGACCUCUCCACGGAUUGGAAUUAGGCGACGGAAAAAAAAACACGAAAAAAAAAAAAAAGAAAAACAGUUUAAGUCACGAUUCGAUACCGCACGCCGGUUGAAUGCCGCACAUUGUACGCUGCGGAAUAUGAACGGAAACGGUGUUAUAUUUUACGUUCCGACGCGAAAGGGCGGACGAAAACCGCGUAUUUAGGGCCGAACCGAGUUGAAAACUGUAGUAGGUACUUGACUGCCGGACCGGCAAAUAAAUCGUAGAAGUAUAUUUUUGUUCGUUUUCGCGGUCUACUCUUAUGAAAAUGAUUAUAAUAAUGACUAUAGCAUCUAUAUUUCGUGUCUUCCCUUAUGGCUAUUUCAACGCGUGUGUAGGCGCGUAUAGUCAUUGGUUAAUAUAAAAUAUGACAGUAAAAACUCAUUGGACGGUAAUCGUGCACGGUAAUAUUCGAAAUUAUUUUUGACGGAAUAAUAAAUAAUUUAAUGUCGCGUUGUUCUAGGUUGUUUACUUACUACAUACAAUUGUAUCCUAUAAAUGUCGUUUAUUGUUUGAUUAUAAAAUAGUAGAAUAAAUCAGUUUUUUUUUUUUUUAAUUUAGCGAGCAAUCUAUUGGUUUUACUAGGCUUUUUUUUUUUCUGUAAACCACUUUUAUUCCAAAAUCUUGCUUCGAUUUUCAAGUGUAAAGCAUUUUUUUCGGGAGGAAAUUUUGUCUAUUUGAUAUACUGCGAUAUCGGUUUUUGAUUUUCUUAGUACCUACGUUUUUUAAUAAUUAUACAAAUCUGAGGAUAAAACAUAAAAAAAACCUGAAAAUUGUAUGGCAAUAACGUUAGAUAACCGUUUCAUUAUUUUCGAUUUUGUCUUUUGUUAUAAUUCGGUUAAAAAUAAUCGUAGAAACCUGACAUUUUUGCAAAAUACGUAUAGUUUAACCUUUUCUUGACGAAGUAAAAUGUUUAAAACGUUCUGGCUAUUUUCUAGUCAUUUAAAGGCAUUUGAUGUUUUCAAUUUUUUUCAUUUUUAUUAGUUUUUGUGUAAAUAAAAUUGAUUUGGCCACAUGCAAAUUUAACACGAGUUAUAUUAUAAGUUAUACUCAGUAAUAAAAAAAUUAGUGUUAUAUAGUGUUUUUUUUUUUUUUUUUACAUGCAUUUUAAGUAAUUUUUAUAGAAAAUCGUAAAAAUCACUGCAUUCCUAUACUACAUUAUUAACCGAGUUUUACUCAGAAUUGUGUUUUGUUAACUAUUGAUGAUUUAUCGUUGCUAUAGCUAGAAAUAAAUAAGUAACUCUGAGUUUCUUACUUUUCCAACUUACCACCUAUAACAGUGACGGACCCGUUAGCAGUAUUAGAUCUUUUUUUUGGAUAGGUAUAUUUUAAACUAUUCAUUGUUGAUUUACGGUAUCUGUUUAAACUGGACCGAAAACCCCUUUUUAUAGAGUUACAAUUCAAACGAGGAAUAAACAAUUAUUUCGACUACAUUUUCGUAAAUCACUGCACACAAAACGGAUAUUAAAUUAAUUAAAUUUGUUUAACGUACCUAUAAUUUGAUCUCGUGGGGGAAAUAAAAUGGGGAUUCAGACAAUAGAUGAGUUUAGUGUAACCAAUAUUGUUUUGGAAUGAUAAAAAAAAAUUAAAAUGGAUAUUUAUGAUAUUUAUUGUUUUGUCUCUUACUUUGAUAGCAUAACGUUAAAAACUAUAGUGUGAAUCUUACUAAAUAUAAGCACUAUGCGCCGUUUGUAUACCUACGUUAGAACAUUCUACUCAAAAAAUAUAACUAAUUUACAGAGUGUAAUAGCAAUAUUUGACAUUUGUACGUGUCAUAACAAUGCAAAAAUGUCCAAUAGUCCCGUACACCCUGUUUUGUCUAUUUUGAUAAUAGGAUUACCGAUAAUAAAUUAAACUUUGGCAUCUGCAUAGAUUUACAUUUGGCUCAAAAAUGUUAUAAAAUAUGACAACGCAGUUGUAACCAUAUUAUUAUUGUAUUUUAUACUUUAAUCUCCGCAAUUGUAUCGAUUGAUAAAAAAAAAAAAAAACAAUAAAAUAUAUUUAUGUUUUCGUAAUGCCAUUGUCGUGGAACCUAUACUCCUGUACAUAUUUAUUUUAAAUAAUAAGCACACAUUUGUUUUAAAAACGAAAUGUGUUUUGAAUAAAGAAUUCCUAUGCCAUUAUGCCCAGUUACUUACAAUAAUUUAAAUUUGUCAAAAUCAAAUACAUAAUAAUGUGCACGAAUAACAACAUAUACUACUGUUACGAAUUCAGUCAAAAUAAAAGAAUUAAAUCGCAGCGUUAUCUACGAAAAACCAAGUUUUUUCUCUUUAAAUAUUAUGUAACGUAUAAUUUAUAAAUUGUAGACCGUAGACUAUAAAAUUAUGUACUUUGCUAUACCAGAAGGAUUUCCCGUGAUUAAUGGUGGCGAUUAGCAAAUUGAAGUAUACAAUGAACUUCAAUGUCUUAUUAUGGCUAUAUAAUUAAUAGGCGUACCUAGUUAAUACUUAUACCUACAAGAAAAUAAUACGCGAUAAUAGAAUCUCGUAAAAAAAUCUGAUAUUGUACUCGUCAGGAAGUUUAUUUAUUCGUAUUCGACUUUGUUAGAUUGUUUUAGAGUAAUUAUUAGUUUUUGUACGCGCGCAGUUUGUCAAUGAAAACCUUGAUAAUGGAAAAUUACUCGUACACGAUAAUAGUUCCCACUGCACUUCGAAUAAUAGGCACUUACCUACCUACUGUACUACGGUCUUGAAGUUUUAUGACAAUCGAAAAUUAACGAAACCAUAAAAACCUUUUGGACUCUGGUGUCGGUUUUGAAUAGCCAUGUAUAUAAUACACAUCGGAAACACUAAUUAAAACCAUUAUAUGAAAUACAUAAAACCACUGGCUGUAUCGCCCGGCUUGGCCCGUGGACAGAAUUUUAAUGUAAAAUAUUUUUAAUAUUAUUUUAUAUUUCGUUCGGUGACGCGUUAUACGUAUUACGUUAAGAAAUAACUUUUUCCAUUUUUACCUCCGUUUACCCCAUUUUUUAGUGAAAAAAUAAAUACCCACAAAAAUAUCGCUUCUUCGUAAUAUACUCUAUUAUUCCGAAAACCCUUAUAGUCAUAAGGUACUAAUGACUAUCACUAUUGGACGAAUAGUUUCGAAGCCAGUCCGUGACAAAAAUUUCAAUUUUUGCUUUAAAAAGAUAGAUAGUUUUUAUCUUUGUUUGGAAAACGCCACUGCUAGAGUAAUACAAAUAUUACACAACACAUACCUACACUAAUCAUUGUAGUAGUUUACCAAACCUAACCAAGUCAUUACAGUAAUCAUUACAGUUUUUCAUUAGGGAUGUAAACAUUAGAAUCAGACCGAAUUUUCCCUCUAUUUAUAUAGCCUGUUUAUUUUAGGGAAAUUAAAAAUGUAUUAUUUUAUGUUGCAGCGAAAAACUCUUUAGGACAAUGACCGAUCUCGUAAUAUCCGAAGGAUAUGCCGCCGCAGGUUAUGAGUACAUAAAUGUGGAUGACUGUUGGUUGGACUUUGCAAGGUCGUUCGACGGUAGACUGCAACCUGACGCCAAACGUUUCCCCAGAGGAAUGGCCGACCUAUCUGCAUACGUGAGUACAAACACCUAACUAUUUAAUUUGUUCCGUUCCCGAAUCUUAACGUUGACAAUAUAUUUUUAAGUUUGAUGGAAGUAUAGUAUUGUACAUGUGUAAAAUUGAGAUUCAUUGACAAUUUAUAUUUUUCAUAUGACAGCAACAUACAGCAGCUUUGUUGAAAUUUGGCUUUAAAAAACAAAUGUGUUUAUGUAACCAUCUGUGAAACUUACAAUUUAUGUAACGGUACACUCGAUAGAAUCCCCCAUUAUUCCUUAAUUAUUUAUUUAUUUGCCGAAAUCGAACGAUAAACCUAAAAAUCAGUCGGAUUAAUUAUAUAAAUAGACCGUUUAGGGCACAUUAUUAGUGAUGUUAUCGGUUCAGUUGUCCUAGUUAAAUCAGCCAAUAAUACUUAAAUUUAGUAAAAUCAAAACGUGAGAAUUGUGAUUAUAGAAAGAACAUAAAAUAACAAAAAAAGUAUUUGAUCGACAAAAUUAAUAUUGUAUUUUGUAAAAAAAAAAAAAAAUAAUAAUAAUGCUCUGUUAUAAUCACAACGUUUAUUGUUACCUCAUUACAAUCAUUAGCAAUAGUUUAUCAUUGCGUACGCCAUUCAGAUAUAAAUUAAAUUACCCUAAAUUACCUUCCCAACUUCUCAUCUACAACAGUCGCCUACUCAUCGUGUGAAAAUUUUUUAUUAUAUUUAUUAUAACAUAAUUACUUAUUAAAUCACUUUUUUCUCACUUUCUCGGUACACCCAACAUUUUAAGUAUAAAUAGUAAAACAGCUUUACGUUCAUUAUUAUAGAUAUCAAGCUGCGAAAUGGUAAAAAAUAAUUAUAGGGAAAAUUGCAUAAACGAAUAUUAUUAUAAUAUGUUUAAUGCCGACUAAGGUCUGAUCUAAUUCGCUCAGUACAUAUUAUAUUUAAAGUUUUAUGCGGUCUUAAAACUAUAGUUUUAUAAUAUAAUAUAAUAAUAUAUAAUGUAAAAUCGGAUUCAUUAUAUUAUCGUUAAUUCGCAAAGUAGAUUAUUUUAAAGUUUUGAUACGAGUAAUUCCAGUAAUUAUAUAGCUUAUAGCUAGGUUAAUAAAUUAUUCGUAUCUUGUAAAACGUGUUUAAUAAAUAGUCCGAAAACAUGUUAAACUCGUAUAAAAAAAAAAAAUAAAAAAAAAUACAAUCUACACUGGUGAUUGAACCGUAUUAAUAUAUUAUACUAUUUAUUAUUUCCGAGUACCUAUAGGGAAUAUUGUCUAAUGUCUUACGUCACGAUUGUAAUAUUUAUUAAUCAAAUAGGAUAAUGUAAUUUUUAUGAUAACGAUUUUUCGAAAUUACGUAUGUUUCUCGAUUUUCGCGAUAACGCCGAUUAUAAGCUCGCGUUUGCCCACCGUGAUAUUAUUAUUAUUAUUGCUAUCCGCUAAUUGCGGUUUUUUUUUAGGUUCUUUGUUACCUAAGACAUCCGUUACAUGAUUGUACUAAUAACGCCUCUCGCGUGUACUGCGGAGUGCAGCUACAGCGACUGUAAUGUUUAAAAACAAACAAUGCUCGUAUAAUAAUGUGUUGUGACGUACAUACUGCUGUGUGUUUGUAUGUAAAACAAUGAGAAAUUACCAAUUUUCAAAAAGAAACAAAUUAUUAAAUUAUACAAAACAAAAAACUAUUUUAACCAGGACGUGACUAUAAUAAAAUACUCGUAUGCGUAUACGACUAAUUUCAACCAUUUAAAAGAUGACAGUGCUCACAAUAAUAGAUAAUAUGAGCAAGGACGUAUAUUAGGGUCUUCUAAAAUUCAGCGAUGUCCAACCGAAAUGAUAAUAUACAUUCCAAAACUUAACAAUUUAAUAAUAUCUUGCCAACUAUCGUUCCAUCGAAUCCACCAUUCAAUUUUACUACUUUGUCGGACUGAUAUUUCUUAUCAAUUCUUAUUCAUCACGAUUUGAAUUUACGCCAGAGAUAAUGUGUCUGUUAUAUUUGAUAAUAUACUGUAUUUUAUAUUAUUUAUCAUUUAAAUAAUCGCUCAUUUAACAUAGUGGUGUUAAAUUUAAAUUUUUUGUCAGGCUAAUAAAGUAACUCCAAAUAAAUGUAUCUUAAUAAGAAUAUUUGAAUAUACUUUUCCAGAAUUCGAAUAUGUACGAAAAUUACGCAGUAUCGUAUUUUUAAUAUUUUACAAAUGUAUUUGUAUUUUAAAUCGAGUACUCGUUUAAAUAUUUUUUUAGUUUUUUAAAUUAUUUUUUAUAUUUUAAAUUGAAAUACACCGUAUUAAACCAUGUUAAAUGGGUUCAACAUUUUACUUUGUAUUUAGCUUAUAUUUUAUAAAUAAUGGUAUAUUAUCAAAACCAGAAAAUCAAAAAAAAAAAAAAGAACAAUAAAUAAUAAUGUUAACGUCUUCAUACCUAUGCGAUCUAAUAAUACCUAUUGUCUAUUUUUUUUUUCUUGAUAAUGAGUUUUCAGUUGCACUUUAUAGAAGUGGUAUAAUUAUUUUCAAAUUAUUCUGGCAUUUUUUGAGUUACUUUUAACAUUUUUUUAGUAGGUAAUUUAAUUUUGUCAGCGUAUUUUAAUUCCAAAUGAAUGUUAAAAUUCGUCAAAAACAUAAAAAAAAUUGAAAAUAAUUAUGUAGUUACACUAAUAUUAUAAUAUCUUUACUUAUAAUUUUCAAUUUUAAUUUAUCGGAACAUCUUUAUUAAUCGAACUUUAGAGUAAUUUUUCGUUCGCAAUGAUUUAUCGUCGCGUACAGCUGAUAUAAUUCGAGUUAUAUAUUCUAUAUCUUUUCUGCAACUUCCUACCUACAAAAGUGACCCGUCCACGGUGCCAGUAUACUAGAGAGACUAAAUAAUUUUGCAGCUAUAUUAUAAUAAUUAAUAUCAUAUUAGCAUACUGUCCGUUAAUUAUAAAAUAUUGUUAAUAGAGUCUGCAUGUGGCGUAAUGAUAAUAUUAAAAUGAAGUCACCCAUCAAUGACCGGUAUUUCUGUUAUGGCCACACAUUUUUAUUUUAUUUGUAAAUGGGUUAAAUUUUUUAGUUUUAUAAGCCAUAAAUCGUUGUUGUUGUAUUUAUAUUUAUUAAUUCACUGGAUGAUAUUGAUUAUUACAAAAACAGUAAACACAGAUGGUCAUUAAAUAAAAAAGUACAAUUUUUAAUUUUCGAAUUCCGUAAUGUAUCAAGAUUUUGGAAAUUUGAAAUUCAAACUAAGUAGGUACCUACCGGUAAACUUAUAAUGAAUUUACGGUUUGGAUUAGGAUUUAUAUUCAAUAACCGAAGAUAAUAUAUUAAACCGAAUGUUAAUAGAAAAAAUGUCUUUAGGUGGCCAUAUAGAUGCUGAUUCCAUUCUAUAAUAAUACUGUCGAUAAACGAACUCUGCGCAAAAAAAAAAAAAAAAAAAUCAUAAAUAUAGCCAAAACUCCAAUAACAACGAAUUUCUUCUCCGAUAGUCGUUUGCAAUCAUCUUUUUAUAUAUAUAUUUUUUUUUUUACACGGCGGCGUGUUGCUCAACAAUCAUAAUAAUAACAAUUGCACUAGUGCACUACUGCAGCAGCAGCAGGUAUAUAAUAUUAUAAGAUGUUAGAACGAUAUUCACGACGCGUGCACGUGCACGUACACGUUUUGUGGCAAAGUUCAGUGAAACAAAUAAAUAGGUUUAAUAUUAUCAUAACGCGAACGGCUAUUAUUAUACAGGAGUAUUAUAGGUGGCGCAUUGUUUUUUUUUUUUUGCACUCUCUUUCAAUAUAAGUGUAUAUAGGGUGCCUGUACCUACGUAUACGAAUAUAUUAUUAUAUAUUUUACAAAAUAAGGCAACGCUGAAAGCUAUUAUAUAGGCACACCGCGCUCGUGUGCAAAUUGCAUAGAUUUGACGCGAUAAUAUUAUAACUGCAAUAUUAUCUGAUAAGUCUGACUACCUAUAUGUGUACUGAAAAAAUGCAUUAAACACGCAAAUGCAUUAUUGCCGUAGUCGACACGCAUUUAUUUAUAACAAUACACGUUUAUAAAAAUGUUUCUACAUAUUUUAUUAUUGAACUAUUUUCAAUUUUAUUGCCACGCAUGUUGUGUAAAACUUAUUAUCUUAUCUUAUUUAAUAAUGGGGCAGAGGACUCGUAGUUCUAAAAAAACAUUUAAUAUACGAAAGCACUUAUGUAUUUAAAAAGUUGAAACCCUCUAAAAUAUGCACUAAAAAACAUGCUUUAUUUUUAAAUUUAGUUAUAAACAAUAACUUUGUGCUGAUUUAAAUAAUCACAUUAAUAGGUACAUUAUAAUAUUUAUAUCGAUAAAAUUAUUGCCGGAAAAUUAAUUAAAAAGGUGAUCUUAAGCGUUUAUAAAAAAAAAAAACGUGUGCCCAACGAACAGUCAACAAUCAUAAUUAUUAUUAUAAAUGAUACAGAUUAAAAAUUAAUUUAAAUUCAACAAUUUUGGUUAUUAAAUGAAAUAAAAACGUCGACCGAGGAAAUAUUGAACAUGUUUCUCAAAAAGAGUAAAGUAGAAGAGAAAACGGAAAUAACUCGAAACAUGCACUUAUGUGCAAAAUAAAAUUAGAAUUCUAGUUUUGUCCAAACAUAAAAAGUAUUUGGUUUUUACACUGCUACUAUUUGAUUAAUUUCUUGUGUAAAAUAUAUAUUAUGCAAAUGCUACAAGUUCUCUGCCCUACUUAUUAAUUUUUAUAUAAAUAUGAAACGUUUGUUCGCUAAAAUCUCAAGAACUAAUGAAUCGAUUUCCUUUAGCUCCCUCACGUUACCGCGGUGGUCGGCGGUUAUAAGCCACAAACAUUUUCUUUUUUUCUAUUUUUGACGUUUUAAAAUGUCACUUUAUCAUUAUUUUAAAUAUGUACACUGAGUAGUGCAUGCACACUAAAUUCCGUCCAAACGGUCUCGGUUUCGAGUCUCAAACACAAUAUUUGUUUUUUUUUGCAUUUUUUGAAUUUUCUGGAUUUUAUUACUUAUUUGUUUACAUUAUUUUUCAUGGUGAUUAUUAAGAUUUUUUUCUCGAUAACUAGCGUACUUUACCGCUGUAAUUAUUACAAGAUAUUUUUUGUCCCGGUAGUACGGUUUUGUAAGGAAAAUACGGAUACACGGAAUUAAAAAAAAAAAAUGUUUUUCGUUUAAUAUUGUGCACGGUCCAGACAACUAGACAGCAAGACAGAAAUUAUAAUAAUAUUAUUACUUGUAUAAAAUAUACAAAGUAAUUCCCCCCCCCCGUUUUCUUUAUAGCGACCGUCACAGUCAAUAUGCGAGCGUUUUAGAUAAAUUAAAAACUAAAAAAAACACAAAAAAAUGUUCUUGUGAAAUUGGUGGGUACUCGUAUAUUACGUUUAAAUAAAGUAGGUAGUUCUUUUUAAACUGUAUUGUAGACCAUAUUAUAUAUUUAUGUAGGUAUCAGGUUACAAACUUUUACUCUGGCGCGUGCACCACAAUAUUAUGACUUUUUAAACACAACACGACGGCGAUAACGUUCAUAAUAUUAUGUAAACACACCGGAUAAAUGCGCAGAAAUAAAAUAUAAUUAUAUCUAGAAAACAUUUGUACUUCAGAUAAGAACCAAUUAUUGAUCUGCUACGCGUAUUAUAAUUCCGUCGCCAGCGAGUCAUUAAAGUAAUAAUUUGUAAGUGAAAUUACCAAGUCAGCUGUUCAAUCUAAUAUACUUAAUUUGUUAAUUGAUUAAACAAUAUUAUUGAAAGAAAAACGAACAUCAAUAAAAAAAUCGCUUACCGAAAUAGCUGUAGUGACGAAAACGUUAAAAUAAUAAAUAAUAUUAAACAAAGAGCUGAUGCUACUGAUGGGUGCGGCGCCACUGUUGUAGGUAAACAACGAUAAAUCAUUGUUAACAAAAAACGAUUUUGGGUGAAGUUCGAUUACAAUAUACAUGAUUUGAAAGGCCGUAAAUGUUUACGAUUCAUAUGAAAGUUUGAUCUUAAUGUGAAAAAAGACUACUUAACUCUUUGUCUAUUAUUAAACCACUGAGUAAAACUGAAAAUAAAACCCCUGUUAAAUUGUCAAGCGUUUCUGUUUGGUAAAACAAUUAUACUAUCCACAUUAGUACCUAUUAAAUAAAUGUAGUAAAAUAACACGUGAACAUGAAAUACAUAUAGAUAGCUUAAAAAUCAAAAUAUUACGUUUAUAAAAGGCAAAUAAAACUUUUUUGUCGAAAAUUACGAGUAUCUAUAAAUAUUUUUAACUGAAUUACAAUAAAGUAUCAAAAUUGAAAAUAAUGAAACUAUUAUGAAACUUCACUGCUCUUUCUGCGUGUUUUCUCGGUUUACUCAAUUAUUAUCAAAAAACAACUUAUUGACCAACUAGGUUACAAAUCUAACAAAAAAAAAAAAUUUCCUGUCGUUUUUCUGUUGGUGCAUUAUUUCUGCUAGAAAACAUAGUGCGUACAAAUUAAAAAAAAAAUAAUGAAAUCGGCAACGUCGCGGUGCGUCGUAAAUAUUUACCAUUUUUUCCUAUAAUUUUGUUUCUGUUUAUUCCCAAUUAUUUUAUAAACCCCUUAAGAAAAUCGAAAAAUUAUCACCUUUUUAAUGCGCCUUUUCAUUCAAUUUUUCUGCGAGUGUAUUUCAAUGUAAUAUUAUAUUACCCAAACACAGUGGCGCAAUCACCGGAGUGGAUAGCGAUACCUAAAAUCGGGGCCCCAAGGCCCAAAAUGGGUCCUAUAUUAUAGUUGUAAACUGGGAGGGUAUUUUUAACGCAAUAGAUUCAAAUCAAAUCUACGAUCGUUUAUCAUAAAUCGUAAACCAUAAACUAUUUAUUUCUAAUUUAUAUUGUGUGAUUUUUGUGUUAUUCAUUGUUAUGACUUAACCGUGUAACAUGUAUAUAUUAUUAUUCCGCUGAUAAUAAAUAAAAAUUGAGUAGCGCAUUUGAUUAAAAGUAGUCAAUAUUAAAAAAAAAUACUUCCAAGAAUAGGACCUACCUUAUCAUCUGGGCCCCAAUCGCCUAGUUGCGCCACGGCCCAAACAUGAUUAUAAAAAAAAAAAACAAUAACAAAAACAUUACGAUUUAUUACAACUAUAGUUAAUUGUGUUGUCCUUUGAACGAGGUUAACUAAAAAUAAUAGAAAAAUGUAUAGUGGACCAUAACGGCGAAACAUUAAUUUUUGUUUAUACCGAAACUCGAAAGGUUAUACUCGUAUUCUUAUAUUAGACAAAAGUAUAUCUGGAUGGCAGUAUACCAUUAGCGCUAUGUUAUCGUGCUCAUAAUAACAACAAUAUUUUUACUUUCGUAAUGCGCCGUAAAUGUCCGCGAUGCACCUAUACAUUAAUAUCAUUAUCGCAGCGCUGUUCGAUUAUUCCGUACACACCGAAGUAUACGGUGAAGUCUGGAAAGUAAUCAUCAUUCGGUCGAGCCGAAAUUAAGUUUAAACGGUCCGUUCCAAAUCGCGCGUUGUAUUUCGUAUUAUAGAAUAUAAUUUUGAUUAUUGCGCAAUACAAUCUAAGACCGUUCACGGUUUUUCGGUUUUUCGGUUUUUUUUAAUACCUACGUACGUCUUAAGUAUAUCUACCUACUAUGUAUAUACGAACACAAUACGAUUACCCACCGUACAAGUCAUGAUCCUGUCAUAUUUAAGAAAAAACAUUAUGAUAAAAUUAAAAAAAAAAAAACAAAAAAAUCACGUUCCGUCGUCGUUAAAAUGUAAACACAGCAGUGGUCCAUUUGUCUACGCUGGUAGGUUACCUAGUGUUAUCUAGAUGGGUAUAUAUUUCCAUAUUAUCUAUGUAAAUAAGAACUAAGUUAUCUAAGGUAAAUAAUAUAAUAACAGCUAAACUACGUAGUUUAUAUAUUAUACUAUAUUAAUAUAUACGAGUAGUUAAAUAAAUACAUUUAUUAAUUUUUCGUCAAUUACGCUACCUUUUUGAUAUUGUGGACGGUGUAUACGCUUUUAUACUACUUUUAGCAUAUGUGUUACGUGGUACAAAAUCGUGUAUUUUUUCGCUAAUCUAGAUACAAAGUCUCUGAUUUUUAUCUUUAUCUAGACAAUAAUUAUCCGCAGUGAUUGUCUCUUAUCGUUAUCUUAAUAUGUUUAAAUUAUUUUCCAUGCAACACGCGGUAAUACCUGCGCGCGCACGGCGCGACGUGAAACACAUAAAAUGCGUACUCAGGUUUGCGCACUUGCAGCCGAUGUCGUUGUUUAAUGUAAUACAAACACAAUAAUAGUGAAAGUUUUGCGGACAUAACAUAUUGAUGUUAAUGAUUUAUGAGGUACUCUCGAUAAUUUUAAUUUAUUCGUAAAAUGUAUUCCCCGGCAGCAUACGGUAUUGCGGUAUUAUGCGUACGCCUUGCUAAUUUACUGUGCACGAAUAUUUAUGUUUACGUGUCAAUGACGCUAUAAACGUUCAUAAUAGACGCUUAAUAUAAGAUGAUAAAUGUGAUGACGGUCGUCAAACGAAAACGCGCCGUUACACAUUAUUUUAUUGAAAUACUACGCGCGCGGGAAUUAAAAAAUUAAAACACGGAAACCCAAUAAAUCGAAAUUGAACUCGCUCGUGGCAUCUUAGUAUUUACUAAGCGGGGAAUUCAAUGGUUUAACUAUUGCGAUAAGUUUUUUUUUUUUUUUCUUCUGUGUUCUUAAUAAUAAAUGUUUAAUUUGUGUUGAUUUCUGGGUUACCCCCAGGAAAUCCUUCCUGUCCACUUCCCUCUCAGAUUAACGGCACAUCUGUCAGCCUUUUUAAUAAAAAUUGUUUUUAUUUUAAAUAGGUGCACUCCAGAGGAUUGAAGUUCGGCAUUUACGAGGACUACGGUAAUUUCACGUGCGCUGGAUACCCGGGAAUCUUGGGAUCGCUGGAACUGGACGCGUUCACGUUCGCCGAAUGGAACGUGGAUUUCGUCAAAUUGGACGGAUGUUACUCGCUUCCCAAAGACAUGGACGCGGGUUACAGUGAAUUCGGUUAUCACCUGAACAAGACCGGCAGACCGAUGGUGUACUCAUGCAGUUGGCCGGUUUACCAGACGUACGCGGGUCUACAAGUAAGUGAAACACUCCCCGGGAGGGAGGCUAAUAAAGAACAGAUGAAAACGGUUCGGUAAUAUUAUAAGUGUUUUGGACCAAAACCACCGAUUUAGAGUAUUUGUUUACAAUAAAAAAAAUACUGCAUGUAACACAGAAAAAACUAUUGUGUGGAAUAUUUUGUAAAGUGUUGUAUUAAAAACUAUUUAAGGGGGUUGAAAACGGUUUACCGAAUUUCCCUAAUUUUGAAAAUGAUUUUUUAUCUUUUAAUAGCCACCUAUUAGAAUUUUCCAUUAGUUUAGUGUCCGAUGCCCUGUUAAGGUGAAGGUAUACACAUUUAUAGACGCGUUUAUAGACGAACAUGAUGGUUUAGAUCAAUAAAUUAAAAUAAAAUUCACCGCUACCGCUCACCCGAUUUUAAAUUUGAAGUCAUAUUUGAAUUCUUUGGUUUAGUUUGUUUUAUGUUUUGUAGGAAACAUUUGUUUGCUUUUCAUUAUUUGAAUUCAUUUAGUUAAACUAGUUAAUAUACAAGAUGAGUUUAACGGUUUACCUUAAAAAUAAAUUCGCACCUAUUUAAGUGUCACAAAACGAAAAAAUGAAAAUUUUGUUUGAAAUGUAUGAAAAAAUGAAUUACUCCCGACCUCCUAAAUAUAAAUUCGUAUUCGUAAUAUGUUAUACUAAGGGGACGUGGUACCCGCAUGUGCUGUCUCCCUACAACCGCGCGACAUGGAAAAUUUUCGGUCAUCAAGGACAACUCUGUGUCGGAAUGUCUAAUAUUUGAUUGUAUUAUCAGACUUACAGAUAAGACCAUUAUCAUUGUCGCGUAGUAGUGUUUGAUCGUAAUUUUGAUUUUUCUAGCGAAAUAUAAGCUUUUUUCAAAUCGUGAUACUCACACACUCAAAACAAUAAAACAGCUGACACAGAUAACGUUCUCGUAUUCAAGUGUGACGGCAUUACGCCGAUUCGCUGUCUAAUAUCAAAACUCAAAUCACAGAUUGGUCUCCACCGAACGGAAAUGUGCUAUACGUCGAGCGGCGGUAAGACGGAGACAGCGCAUAACGGGUGCAUAACGUACUGCUGAUUGAUUGUAACGAGACCCGUAAGAGUUACGAACUAAUAGUCUAAAAAUUAAAAAAUACAUAAAGUUUUUUCCGGUACACAAAAAAAAAAUAAAAAAAUAAAUAUCGUUUCGGACGGUGCGACCGCCGCGUAUUACAACCCGGUCACAUUACCGAGGUAACCGAUUACGAAUCGCCGUGGUCGCGGCCGGUUCGUACCUGUGCAGUCCGGUUGUUUGCGUUUUUUUUUUUUUUUCUUUUCCGGCAAUACGGUUUUUAACGACCGGGCUCAAUAACCCAAUGUCCCUCGGGGCGGGACAACCGCCGCCCUGCCCCCGAGCGGUCGUCAUAAUAUUCAUAAUAAUAUUAUAACCGUGUAACACUCGUCACUUGCAUAUUAUUAACGUGCGUAUAAUGUUAUGAGUACCGAUAGAAAGUUCGUUUUUUUAUAAAGGAAGUUUCGUCGUUGUCGCGUAUCGUUUUUUUUUUUUUUUUUUUAUUCAUACACAUGUACAAGUAUAUAAAUGCCGCGUGUUACGUAACGGACCUAACCGUGGAAAUCCGUUCGAAAUCCAAACGGGCCGCGGCGCCGUUUUCGCUAUACGACAAAAUAACGCGCGCAAUCAUCGACAUAACAAUGUUUUUACAUAAUAACGUAUUUUCGGCGCGGUCUGGAACAAUCGUUAUUACCAUUCGAUCGCGCGUUUUAACUAUCAGCGAAAACCGUUCGGUUUUUCGAAAUCGAAUCGCACAGGCAGGCGCUUUACACCGUACCCGUUAUCCUUUACAAGCCGGUUUUCACGAUAAUUUUUCCGGCGAAAUCGAACAAGUUCGUCAGUUGCGGGUGUCGUUAUUAUCCGUAAUGAUAUUUCCGUUGCGCGGCCGCCGUCUAGUCGACACGAUUGUUUUUGUAAAACCGUAUCGCUUUCCCGGCCGCAUAAACUUUUCGUCGAUCCGCGUACCGUUAUAAUGCCAAACGAGUAGGCCGACAUGAUUUUCCCCGCCGGCGGACGACAACACAUCCCAAAUUCGACGGUUGCCAACCAAAAGCCGGCGGUGCCGCGAGUUCAUAUCGCGAGCGAUCCCAGCGAGGUUAUUUGGCCCGCCUACCUGCUCACCCAUUUAUCGAUAAAAUAUAUCCCCCCCCCUUUUGUUUAUAACAUAAAUAAAUGUAGUAAUGUAACGAUUAACUUUUAUUUGCUGUCGUUAUAAAAUAAAUGACAUUUUGCAAAAAAAAAAAUAAACUUAAUUCAACUGAUUUUAUUUCAAGAACCUACUUCCUGUUCAUUUGUCGUACGCCUUCCUACCCGACGCUAUAACGGAUUAGGAAAAUUAUAUUAGACGAUUUUUUAUAGAUAUUUGCGCGCUUAACAGUUAAAAUUCGAUACGUUUUUUGUGAUAUAUGCUAUAGAUUUGGAAAUAAAUUGAAAAAAUAAAAACCAAGAAAACGUGAACGGCGUUUAAAAAUGGCCAUAAUGUUCAUUUUGAUAAUCGCUACAUGUACAAAUAAAUUUUUUUGGGGAUUCGUAGAAAUAUUUACAGGAUAAGUUUAUGCGGUUAUAUGCGUUUAUAUGCACCGAGAAAACCGUUUCUCGGCGCCCUCUACGCGUACGGCCUUUCGGGGUGUUCCGGCGUCGACGGUGACAAAAUCGUUCGUAGAUGGCGCCUCGGGUUUCGCCACAAAUAGUACAUAUUUAAUUAAAAUUGUGAAAAUGUAUUUAUUUUAUUUUUUUUUUUUGCCUUAGCCCAAUUACUCGGCCAUCACCCAAAGAUGCAACUUGUGGCGAAACUUUGACGACAUCCAAGACUCGUGGGCUAGCGUGGAGAGCAUAAUCGAUUAUUACGGUGACAAUCAAGACAUUAUCGCGGCCAACGCGGCUCCCGGACACUGGAAUGACCCAGACAUGGUAUUAUUUUUUUUCGCAACAUUUAUUAUAGUAUCGAGAUUAUGUUUGUAAAACGGAUGAUUUAGCAAAAGAUCACACGAGUGACGAGUGCCGAAAUCAACCGUCUCGUCACACACCGACAUCACCGUUUUUCGAAACGGUUUUUUCCACAUUUUAUUAUUAUUAUUAUUAUUAUUAUUAUUUUUUUUUUUUUAAUAAUCAUCCGCUAUUAUUAAAAACGUAUAUAAUAUGUGGACCUACACGGAAAAAUGUACACUGAAAUCUAUUACUAUACACAGAAUUCAACAUUGUUCGUGUAAGUAUUCCAAUAUUUAUAAUUUCUCAUGAUUUUGGUUUAUUUUAUUUUUAGUAAAUGACAAAUCGUAUGCACAUAAUUGCACAUGUAUCGUGCGAAUUGUAUAAUACAGUAUAAUAUGUCGAUACGGCAUAGUAAUAUUCCAGCAACCAGGGCUGUGAGUUGGACGCACUGAAAACAAUCUUUAAAAUAGCACUAAAAAUCCAAAAAAACAAGUAACUCAAAAUUAAAACGAAAUACCAAUCAAUUUAAAAAGCAAUAUUUUACUAAAAAACUAAGAGUACUAAGAAAGGUAAGAAACAAUAUGCUGCCCAAAUUCACAGUCCUAAAUAUUAUUGUUACUGUAAUACGUGCCGGUGUUUAUUGACCCCCGCGAUGUUCGACUUGCGAAUGUCUACUCUCGGCCAAAUAAUACAUAUCCAUUGAAAUUUUACCCAUACGCAUUUCCGAAGGGGAAAUAAUUUCUUUGGGGAAAAUUUACCAAGACAAUGGAGGUGGGGUCGACAAUAUUCAUCAGUGAAAUUAAAUAUUACGAGGGUAAAUUUUCUCCGGUUGCUCCGGUUCUGCAUUGUUUAUAUUAACCGUAUUACGUCGCUGUCGUCGUGUGAUGUUCUGUAAUUCGCAGACAUUUAAAAAAAAAAAAAAAAAAAAUCAAAUACAAAAAUUCGACGACUGAAAAAAAAAUAAAUAAAUUUUUACUAUUUCUCUUCGACACGAUGUUUUCGCAGUUGAUUAUCGGUAACUACGGUUUGAGUUACGAACAGAGCAAGGUGCAAAUGGCCAUAUGGGCAAUACUCGCCGCCCCGUUGCUCAUGUCGACCGAUCUGCGGACGAUCAGACCCGAGUACAAGGCGAUUUUGCAGAACAAAAAAAUCAUAGCCAUCGACCAGGACAAGUUGGGAAUCCAAGGACGAAGGAUAUACAAGGUCAGUAUUUUCACGCGUAUAUCAUACUACAAUAUUAGUCCAUUAAAUUGCCAUUGUUACUCUGUUACAUGGGAACAUUUUUUACCAAACUAUUAUACAGUCAACUUGAUAUAAACUUACCGACGUAUUAUCAGAAUGCGUAAUAUUAAUGAAUACUCGAGUAUAUAAUUAUUGUUAUUAUUAUUAUAUUUUUUUAACACGUAUGACGUAAAAACUUGAAUGUACUAUUAUAUAGGAGUGUCGGUUUUUUACAAUAUUAUUGCACAAAAUUGUUUUUCUCACGGAAUCGUUUAAAAGACACCAGAGGUGAAAGCUUAUAUUAUAAAUAUAUUAACUUAAAAAUUUCACUUACCUAAAAUGUAUUAAAACAAUUCUUAUAACAAAAUCGCUGGUAAACAUUUAAUUAGAUAUAAGAACCUAUUCAGAAUUAUGGUAUGUUAUAUUAUGUUUUCAAAAAUUCAUUGCAUAUCAUUGGAAAAAAAAAAAAAAACACUAAAAUCGAAACAAAAAUAAACAAAAAAUAUACAAUAUUUCAACACUUGUUUCCCAGUACACGACUUUUUUUUAUAUGCAAUAUUUUCUAAAUCUGGUUUUGGAAAAUCAAUUUUUUGUUGGUUAGUCGUACAUUCAUAUGAUACUCUAAAAAUUUAAUUUUACGCACACAACUAUAACUAAAUUACCCGGCAUUUGCCGGGCACAAUCCUUUCAAAAAUAGAAAUCAAUAAAAGAAAUUCAAUUUAACGCGUCUCUCCAUAUUAUCCACCCAAUCUCUAUCACAGAAAAGUUAAUCGUUGUUGCAAUCGGUAACAUUUAUCUUUCAAAAGGAGUACCUAUACCUGUCUGUGACAACCAAAUUAAAUAACAAUAACUGUUUUUUCAUCUUUGUCGCCAAGGUAACUCAUAAAUCAACAAAACGAAUUAAAUGUUCGUUCCCCUUCAUCUUGUUUUAAAUUUCGAGUGCGCACAGUGUCAUCAAAAUCGAAAUACAACUUUGCUGCAGAUUUGUGUAGCGGACAUGCAUACAUACAGAAUUUCGAUUUUAUAUAUGUGGUACUAUAAUUUUCAAAAAUUAUAUUUAAGAAAAAUAAUAACAAUACUCGUGUAGGUGCGAAAUUAUAGGUGAGAGCACCGUGUUCGUCUGAUUUUCUAAUAAACACCCUGUAAACGCAUCACUUCGAAUUUGAAGAGUACGAUUUUAAAAUUAUUAUUAACGAAUCGUCAGUAACAAUGUAGUAAACGCACUACGAUGACGAUUAUGUAUAGAAAAUAUAAAUUAAAUUUAUUUUGACAUAAUAUAAACGAAUCGUUUUUUUUGAAUUGAUUAACAAUCGGGUAUUAUGAAAGUAAUGUUGUAAAGUGUGUUAAUUAAACAAUAAACGUCCCGUAAGUAUUGCCCACCGAAGAAUUAAUUGAUAAUCAACAACGACAAUAAUAAUAUACAAAAUAACUCAUCGAAGAAUAGGUCUCGCUGAAAGCGCAAUGGUGAGCUCGGCGAUUAUAUUAUUAUCUAUACAAACAGCCUGCGCCACAUUCGUUACUCGACCUAUAUUUCUAAUCGCUAUUAUUUGUUAAGCGCAUUUAUUAAACACUCGUGAAUGGUUGUCCUCAGAAAAAAUAAAAAAAUAAACUUUAAAAAAUCAUUUGUUAUUAAUUAAAACACCGAAAAAGCGAUUUCAAAGUAAAAAAUAGCCAUAAAAUCAAAAUAAAAUAUGCUCACACGGAGACAAUUUUAUUUUCAUGAUGGUGGUCGAUCAAUUUAUUCUUCUGUUGUUUUGUGUACCUUUGUGCUGAACUAAUUGCGUCGAGUAUUAUUUAUUAUCUUUUAAUAAAAUAUUACGAAACUUUUUACAAGAAUCGUUUUUAAAAUUUGGCCAUUACUUAUUAUGUACACGGUGUGUAAUGAAAUAUACCCGUAGAAUGGUCAAAACAAUAACCCACAGAUACCAUUGUAAAGUAGACUUUGUUGAAUAAUGUCCCCGUAGUGUGAUAAAGACGUCAAAUAGAUUUCAAGUUAUACAUUAACAGUAAUGGGGAAAACGGGAUUAAUACAGGACAGACUUGAAAAAAAAAAAAAAAACUGAACAAAAUGCGUCCCGUUUAAUUUUCGUCGGGACCACGGGACGAAAAGUUGAAAAACAGAACAAUCCCGUAUAAUACGGGACGUACGGUCAUCCCACACUACUAUCUACUCGUAUCUAUACUACAGUCUAGUACUCUUGUUCUAGUAAGUCUCCUACACGGAUUUAACCUAACCGAAAAACGGAAUAAAUAAAAACAACAUUUAAUGUAAAAUUACAAUAAUUUUGUUCCUAAUACUGAUUACAUGAAUUCUUUGUGUUUAUGCAGCACAAGGGCAUCGAGAUAUGGGCCCGGCCGGUGACCCCGAUCUACGAAAAUUACUUCUCGUACGCCCUCGCGUUCGUCAACCGCAGGACCGAUGGUACGCCGUCCGAUGUGGCCGUCGCGUUGCACGAAAUGGGACUACUGUCCAACACCGGAUACCGGAUUCAAGUAAUUAACAUAUGCUUCUGAGACGGCGUGAAUUUAUAUUAGGGACGAGAAGUUGUGUAAAAUACACGCGAGUGGAACGGCGAACGCAAUACCGUUUCCAAACUCGUUCGAAUAGACAACACGAUUCUGAGCGAAGCGAAAAAAUUAAAUAGUAAAAACGCACAUCAUCAGUAAAACUAACAGAUAUUUUACAAUGAUGUGCGUUUUUACUAUUUAAUUUUUUCUGCCUGUGAACAAUUUUCUACCAGAAAUCUUACUACCCCGGUCAUCAACAUCAGUAGUGGUUCCUAAUUGAUACAGUAAUCUAUAGCUGGUGUAUUCAGGGGGUGAUUUUUUUCAAUUUUCCAUGCAGUUUUCCUAAUAAUCGGGGAAAACAAAGAUAAUUUGCAUAAUAACAUUUUAUGUUAUUUUUAUUAUUAUUAUUAUUAUUUUUUAUGUAAUCCAGUAAGAAAUAAUCUUAAGAGACUUAAAAUUAUACGUAAUUGCCGGGUAAUUAUUCGAUUAGGUUAGGUCAUAACCAAUGAAUGCUAGAUUGCUACCGAAUGCUUAGAUUAGCACUUUCUGGACUUGGUAGAAUUUUUUUAUUUAUGGUACAGAUCAGUGGCGGUCAAAUGAUUUUGUUAUGGAGGGGAGGGGAGAUAUUUUUUUAAAACUAUUAUUAUUUACAUAAUAUAUAAGAUAUAAUACAAUAUAUACAAAGUGUCCCACGAAGAUAUACCCAUUGCAAUAUCUUUUGAGAUAAUAAAGAUAAUAAAAUUCUGUUUUUUUGUUUUUUAUUACCCGAAGAAUAAGGACUACAAAUAUUUAUACUUGAAUUCAAUUUUUAUGCUUUGGUAAAAAAAUUAAAUAAAUAACUUUUUAUUUUAUUAUUUUCGAACAAUUUGAAAAUGACCACUUUAUAGUUUAUAUUUUUUAAACGUUGACAUUUCAACUUUUUAUUUUCAUUAAAUUCGUGAUUUUUAAUAUAUUUUUAAAGUUUAAAGAAAAGUACCUACAAUUAUGCAGCAGGCUAUAAUUGCAUUCGCUAAUUGAUUAUUAUUACUAUUAUGGCUAACUAACUGUACAUUUUUUUUUCUAGAUUAUAAAAAUUAUUAAAAAUCACGAAUUUAAUUAAAAUAAAAAGUUGAUACGUCAAAAUAUGUGCAAAAGAAUAAACUCUAUAAAAUUAAUAUUUUCAAAUUUGUCGAAAAUAAUACAAUAAAAACAUAUUUUUAAAAGUAUUUUACCAAAAUCAAUUAAAAUAUUUGUAUUCGUUAUUCCUGUGAGUAAUACGAAAACAAAAACACAAUUUCAUAAUUUGUAUUAUCUCCGGAGAUAAUAUAAUGGGUAUACUUCCGUUGGACAUCCUAUUAAUAUUAAAUUAUUAUAAAUAUUUAAGAAAUCUGAGGUAAUGCGGAAAUAUAUCCCCUUAUUCCCAUGUUUAACCACCCCUGUACAGAUAUAUUUGUUAUUUGUUUUGUUCAAUGCUUGUUUAUUUUUUUUUGACGUUGAGACUGCAUAGUAGCGGAAUCAGAAUUAAUCGGCGGUCCAACUUACUUUCAUUGUUAUAUAUAGUCACUUUAAAGUUUCGUAUUACGUAUGGUCGUGGUUCAUUGUUAUUUAUUAUUCUAUGCUGACAUCUGUUAUCGUGAGAGUUGCACGAUAUAGUUACUGCCGUUGGCCGAGUAACAAGAAAGUUAAUACGCACGAAACCAUAAAAACUUCAAUUUGAUACGUUAUCUUCGAAAUAAAAUGCCCUACCGCAUUCUAAUUUCACUGUGAUUUUAGAUUCUGAGCGAAGCGUUGGUUUUACAAUGACGUCUGAUAUAUAUUUUAUUUUUCUUUAUAUACCGGUUACAAAAUUACUAACAGAAAUCUUGCUCCGAUUCAGAAACACCUUUUCUGAAAGGCAAUUUUCCUUUCGAACAAUUUGAGGUUUCCGGUGUCUAAAACUAUAGAGAUGUCCAUUAAACGGAUUUUCAGGUCGUCCGGCUAUUGAUAAGCGUAGACAAACGUGUUAUACUUCUCGUUACCUAACUUAAUUUUAUCUAAUACCGAUAAGGUUUAUAUUUAUUUUUAAUUUGUUUGUCCACAGGAUUUAUACGAAGACGUCGACUAUGGUGUACUAUCCCCGCAUACUAAGAUCAAGGUCAAAGUGAACCCCACUGGUGAGCACUCGGAUUUUUUUUUUAGUAUAUAUAUAUAUAUAUAUAUUUAAAAAAAAUAAUGACUUAGUGGUUUUAUUAUAAAGUGUGUGGGUUUUUUUUCUGUUCGCUAACACGAUUUCGACUAGAACACUCCAAACAAAAACCAUAUCAAAAAGGGUUUCUGGUAUACCAUUCUUAAACAAAUUAGAUAUGUAUUAGGGAAGUAAAUUUUUUUUAAUUUCUAGACUUUUUUUUGAUAAUAGAGAAGAACUGGUUAUAAAAAAAUGACGAUACACCGGUUUUGGACAAAAACUAUGACGUAUAGAGAUUUGAAAUUAUGAUCAUGGAUUAGGUUAGGAUUAGGUAAGGAUUUGUAUAUUUCCAUUUUUACAUGGACGCUCGCACAGUGACAUUUGAAUUUCGUGAUUUAUUGGUUUCCGGUUUUUGUUUAUAUACAACCACGGCAACUGGUUUACACUAAAAUAGUCGAAUUUUCCUAUACCAUUCUACCUCAUCCACAGAUUUGUCAUCUCUUCGCCUAAACAACAAUGUGGUAAACGAGUAUACAUUUUUUUUUUUUUCGAAUCCGUAUCCGACAGUGAUACGGAUAUUACCGUCGCACUUUGUGCGUCUCAAAGCAUGAAAUAUAAUGACAUUAAAACUGUAUAGUGCGUAGAAUCGUGUAAUGCACGGAUAGAGCCGUCGUCGUCGGGUAACUCGUCCGCGGGAAUUCUUUCCGAACGAACCGAGUCAACGACGCCGCGAAUUAUCACCGCGUAUUUUCUCCGUGAACAGGGGGGAAGGGGGGGGGUCAUGCAGGUCACUUGUCUUAUUCUCUCUCUCUCUCUCUCUCACUCAUUCUCUGGACCACAUUGUUUUCUCUUUUCGGGACGGUUCCCAAAAUACGCGCGUGUAUAGUCUUCGUUUUGGCCAGUCAUCGCCGUUUUAUUACCUUUUUUUGUUUUUUUUAUUAUUUCAAUCUAUUCAUAAAUAUCAUACGAAAUUCCCUUUGUUGUUUCCGUUUUCCGUCGACGCGUACCUGUAACACGUACAAUAAUGGCGUCAUGUCAAAUCCAUCUUGUCGUCGACAUGAUCUCGCGAUGACGGCGACGAUGACAACGUGCAGUUCAGAGAUAUAAUAAUAUAAUGUGUACAGACUCGUAUAGAGAUCACUUCGUACACAAUAUUUUUCAUCGUAUUUUCAUUGUUUUGCGUUAGAACGUUUUCCGUACGCGUUUCCUGUUUUUUCUCUACGCGAUUACUACACAAUAGACAAUAUAUGCGGCACAUCAACACGCGCGCUAAUAAUAAUUACGGAGUACUUGAUGGUACAUGUAUAAAAAAAAAAAAAUGCCGCAUGUAGAAUAAUACUCACGAUUUCGAUUUGUACAUUUUUAGAUUCUGAGUGGAGCGGAGAAGCUCGUGGUUUUACAAAGAUGUUUUUUUUUGUUUUUUAACCUGUGCGCAACUUUUCUACCAGAAGACUUGCUCGAAUUUCUACGUGUAGCACUUUUUCUGAAAGGAAAUUGGCGUGGGGAAGUACUUUAAGAAAGUUAUUUUUCGAUUUUUUCAAUAGUUUUCUCAUCAAAUUUGAAAAGCCGAAAAUAAACGGGAAAAUAUAAGAAAUGUAGGUAUUAGUUAAAAUAUAUUACGGCCUUCUUUUUUUCUAUGCACAACUUUUUUGCCAGCAAUUUUGCUCCAAAUUUUAAUGAUAGCAACGUUUCUAUAAGGAAAUUUCACUAGCGAGGUACUUUAUAGUGGUAAUUUUUCGAUUUUCCCAAGAGUUUUCCCAGAAAAUGUAAAAAACCGGGAUAAAACAUAGGAAAGCUGGGAAAAUCGGUACAAAAUUAAAUAUAUAUUAUUAAAAGAAAUACAUAAAGCCUAUUUAAUUAUUUUACUAUAAAAUGAGAUAUAUAUAUAUAUUGUUAACAAAGUAUCACUAUCAAAUGAACUCCGCUCUCAGAAUCGUUUUUUCGUAAACAAUGGUUUAUUGUUGUUUACAGAUAUACAUUAAAUUAUCUAUAACAGUGGCUACACCCGUCCCCAUUAUCAUUGGACGUCUUUUUAACUAUUAUUUUUCCGUCGCGACACCCACAAAAUGAUGUGCAGGCGCGUCGUUACACGAUCGUCGUUUUACACAAUAGUAUACCCGUAAUAUAAUCCGACUAAAUAAGAAAUUGAUAAUAUUUUAAUUUUUGACGACCAUUCCGAACGCAUUCUGCAUUACUGCAUCCGGUUCUGGACCCCUCGAUCGCUUUGGUCGUAUCGACGUAUCGACAAACGAGUACACGCGUUAUCAGUCCCGAAAUUUAAGCCGAAAUAUAAAUCCCGAUUUAAUACGCGAAAACACGUCGGGUAGGUCUCAGGGAGAAAAAAAAUCAACAAAAGGUAUGCGUCGGAAUCGAACCCGGUAACAUUGACUAAAACGGUCACUGCAUUAAUCCACUGAUGCACCAUCGAAACGUUUUGGUUGUGUGAUUUGUUCAGGUACACAUAUUUAAAACACAAUCAAACAAUUCAUAACGAAUGACCGGGUCUGGAACAAGGUACUGUGUGAUGAUUAGGGCUCGGGGCAUAUUGUACUUAAAAUCCACAAAAAACCACUGAAAAACGUCAAAAAAGCUUUGACAAAAGCACUUGAAAAAUAUUUAAAAAAGCAAAAACGGUAGAAGGUUUAAAUGUUUCCCCUCUAACGGAUUUAACUUAUCUAAUACAAUUUUCUAACACUACAAAACUAAAAAUUGACCCUAAAUUAUUUUUUUUUAAAUACAUAUAAUUUUAUUCAAACAAAAUAAUAUUUUGUUAAUAAUUUGUGUCAUGUUAGAAAAUUAUAUUUAAUAAUUUAGAGCAAUUUGACAGGGAACAUUUAAACCCUUGUAUCAUUUGGUCUAAUAAUAUUUGUUUAAUGUGUUUUUUUCAAGGCUCUUUUUAACGUUUUUAAGCGCUUUUUUGUGAAUUUUAAAUGCAAUAAGUCCCGAGCUCUAAUUAUAAUGCGGUGGAAUUCUAUUGGAACAUAUUGUGGUUAUUACUCCGUUUUUAUAGGUAUUAACGUUCAUUUUGGAUUUUUCACCGUAAUGAAUUUACGCGUACUUGUUUACAGGAUCCAUAUUUUAUCGUACUGUUUUUAAUAAAAAUAUGAUUCAAUUAUAAUUAUAUACUACAAACUUAAAAUACACAUCACAAGAAACUCACUCAAAGAACGCAUCAAAUUGUGUAGCGCACGAUUGUAUUUACAAUCGCCAGGAACGUUUUUCCGAAUUCAAACACGAGAGUUGUCUAUACCUAUUAUCAUAUUAUUGUUACUAUGUAUAUGGACAACCCAAUAGUAACGCUAUAAAUUAUAUACUUAUUACUUUCAUAUAAACGUCAUUUUUUAGUACUCACUGUAUGUAGUAAUACUACGAUUAAACGUGAUUUAAUACAAAUAUUUAGUUUAAACGUCUCUUCUUUAUGGGUACAGUCGUAAAUUGAUUUAUUACCUACAUAAAUGAUUGACGUUUUAUUUCCGUAUUAAUAAUAUAUGUGUCCAAACAACCAGAAAAUUAUAUUUAAUAAUAAUAUUAUACAUGUUCUAUAAAAUAUUAGAUUCUGAACGUAUCGAGAAAUAUUGUAUAGGUUUUACUAUAUGCAUGCUUUUUUUGUCUGUCUGUGAACAACUAUUUUACCUGAAAUCUUGCUCCGGUAAUCAACUUAAAGGAAGGUUUCUGAUAGAAAAUUGUAUCGUGUUGAUGCAUUGAACAAAUAGUUUUUAGAUUUUACUCCUAGUGAUUUUCUAAUUGAAAAAACGGAAAAACGAGAAAAUGUACGCAACAACAGUUUCUACAGUUUUUCGAUUAUGUUUUUUUUUAUUCAAAUAAAAAUAAACGUAGAAACAUGGAAUUUCCACUGAAUACUUCUUAUAUUAACCCUUUUUAUUUAUAGCAUAAUUUUUUAAAAUAAUUUGGAAUUUUUUUUUCCAUUUAUAUUAAUUGUUUGUGAGUACAAUUAUUUUGGGUUCAGCAAGAAUGCUAGAAAGUCUAACACAAGAUUUAUAAAUAAAGUAUAUAUAUAUUAAGUUAUAAAUAAUGGCAAAAAAAAUUUUGAACGUAAUGUAAUAAAUUUUAUACCUAAGCGUUUAAAGUUUUGAUUUUAAUGAAAAUCGUAAAGUUUACAUUUGAUUAAUUGAAAACAUAGCUACUGAACUUCACUUAGAUAGAAGUUUUCAUUUUUAUGAAAAAUUUAAGGGAUUUAAAAAAAUUACACCAUACACUAGAUAAAACUCGGUAACAAAAAUCAUCCAUUGGUAUUGAUGGUCGAAGCGAAUCUUCUGGUUUAAAUGGCAUUUACAAAGAGCGAAAAAAAAUCACACAACCCAAACUCUAUAACCGCGAAAUUCGUACGAAAAACUGCACUUCGAUGAAAAGUUUUUUAUUAUUGUUUUUUUCUCUUUUUGUCCAACAGGUGUCGUUAUACUGAAAGCAGACGUCCAACAGAAUUUGAACAAACAAAACUUCUACAAACCGUACAACCCAUUUGCGCAAGUCUAUCCGCUGAGAACGGCCAAUGAUUUCGUGAAGAAAUGAAUGUAAUAAUGUAACAAUUUGCAAUUGUAUUUCGAGAAGAAGAGCACAUACUCUGGCCUAGCAACGAUAUCAAAAAAAAAAAAAAAUAAAAAAAAAAAAUAGAUUGCCGAACAUCUACGACGGAGUCAAAAAAAAAAUACAACAUCAAUUUUUUUAACUCAUUAUUUAUGCUGCUGUAUACAUACAUGUCUAUAUAUUAUACAUAAUUUUAUUGUAAAAAAAAAAAAAUAACAAUAAUAUAUAUUAUACACAAUAUAUAUAUAUUUUUUAAAAAAAAUGCAAAUUUUGCACGUAAUUGAAUGUUUUUUUUUUUUGGUUCGUUAUUG